AUGACCACUCACAAAGUUGGCACUCCCUACCAUCCCCAGACUAGUGGUCAAAUAGAGGUGUCUAAUAGGGAGGUUAAACACAUCCUCGAGAAAAUUGUGAGGCUCGAUAGGAAAUAUUGGUCCACUAGAUUGGUUGAUGCACUUUGGGCCUAUCGCACUGCACAUAAGACACCCAUCGGGAUGUCUCUAUAUAGGAUUGUGUUCGAGAAACCAUACCAUCUCCCUAUUCAGUUAGAACAUCGGGCUUUGUGGGCCAUUCGGAAAUUCAAUUUUGAUAUUGCCAAAACCGGUGACCACCGGAAACUCCAACUUAAUGAGUUAGAGGAGCUCCACAAUGAUGUAUAUAAGAGCUCUAAAAUUUAUAAGGCUAGGACUAAGACAUUUCACAAUAAACAUAUUUCUCGUAAGUCCUUCGAGCCUCACCAAAAAGUGUGGCUAUUCAAUGCUAAAUUGCAGUUGUUUCCGGGUAAACUCCGGUUUCAGUGGGAUGGCUUAUAUGAGGUUAUAGAAGCCUUUCUGUAUGGGGCAGUUGAAGUUAAAAAUCCACAAGAUGGUACGACCUUCAAGGUCAAUGGCCAAAGCUUGAAACAUUAUGUGGAUGGUACUGAGAAAGAGGAGAUGAUUGAGAUAUGUCUACAUUAUCCCACUGAGUACCCAAACGGCCUCACAAUGCCAACAUUGCCGCUAGGGAUGUACCAACAAACACUUGGGCCAACAAACCAAUUGCCUGUGUCACAUCCUUUGAUAUGGACUUCUUCCGACGCCAUCAACCCAUUGCGUGGAGUGUCCGACAACUUAAAGAUUGGGACCUCUUAG